AAAAACCUGGUGGAGGCAGGAGGCAUCGACUACCCUGCUUCACUUGAGGAACUGGAAGGUGAUGCUGUGGGUGGUGGCAUCAUUGCUCACACUGGUGGAGGAUGUGUUUUCUGAGGAGGACAAAAAAGAGGCCCAGUCAGACCUCCAGAGUGUCUAUAGUCAGCCCCCCUGGUCAUCUGCAGAGGAUCUGGAACAGGAGGGCAGCAUCCAUAUACCUUGGCGUGAAACUGGUGAAGAGUGGUCACAAGGCAAAAACCAGCACAGCAGAUGGCGGCGUUCCCCGCGUGACCCAACUCCGGCCAGAACAUCAAGGAGGAACCGCAAGAAGACCAAGAGCAGUCACGACUGCCACCUGCAGAGGAAGGAGAUGCGGGUACGGGAUCUCGGACUCGGCUACGACUCAGACGAGAUAGUCCUCUUUAAAUACUGUGUUGGCACAUGCCACAGCUCCCGAAAGAACUAUGACCUGGCCCUCAAGGCACUGAUGGACAAUCGGAGCAUCUCUGACAAGAAGGUCAGUAGUCACCCCUGCUGUCGUCCCACCCGCUAUGAGACUGUGUCCUUCAUGAACACCCAGACUACGUGGCAGACAAUUAAAUGGCUCUCUGCGGCCAAUUGCAGCUGUGUGGGAUGA